AUGGCGGGCUCCGGGCUCUUCAACCGGAACCGCAUACCGCUGGAUGCCACGGAGCCCGAGCCUCGCGAUGUGGCGGAAGUCUGCUGGCAACAAAAGGCUGCAGAUCUGCGGGCUAUGACUGGGGCCACACGGGAUGAGAAGGUGCCGGAUUUGGAUGCCCUACUGGAGACAGAUGGGAUGCAGCGCAGACCGAUAUCUCGGGAUGUCACUGCGCUGGAUAGAUCCGAGGCGGUCCAACCGCAGGCCAUGCAGGCCAGAGAAACUACACCCAAGAAGGAGAGACGAGUUUGCCUGGUUUCUCUGCGGGCUUCUGGUGCCGGCAUACAUGCCUGCAAUCGGGAUUACCGAUACUGUGGCUUGCACCAGGGCAAGCCAAUGUUCAAGGCGGACAAUGGCGCAGUGAUCUACUUCAACAAGUUCUGGAAGAUGAACAGCAUCUACAAAACUACAGGAUGGGUCUACAGCGUGAAAGAACACGCUGGAACAUGGCCUGCCGAAACACAGUGGAUCGCCGAUGGCACGGCGGAGCCGAAUGCUGGAACUCCCCCGAGCCUCUUGCUGAUCGACGAGCCCCUGCCUCGACAAAUUGCCGAAGAGAGUGCCGCCCUCGUCUUGGAGGAUGGCCAGAAGGUGCUGAAGAGGGAAGAGAACAAGAGGUGGCGUUGGAACGAAGUGUACAUACGCUCGAAGGAGGACAUUUUGAAGAGCCUCGCCAGCGGGAUGAACAACAGCGCGCCGCGUCCUGGGUACAACCAGCAGGCUGCACAACCGGCGGCACCUGCGAUGCCCCAACCGAACGCAGCUACCGCACCAGCCCCUCCAGCCUCUCCCGCCUCUCCUGCCCCUCCGAGCACAGCUCGAGAAACUCGAGAAACCCAAAGCAGCCCAGCGGAGGCUCCAAAGUCUACGACUCUCAGACCCGGUUUCCUCACUGGGGGCUCGAGGGCAAAGGAAGUUACACAGAAGGCACAAAGACAGCCAUCGCAAGCAAUUGUGCUGGACUACCCUGAUGGGGCCAUGGUCGAGUUCGAUCGCUUUUCAAACGGUCGAUGGGUCCCGGCGAAGAUACUUCAUCGUGUUCGCAAUGGAAUCUUUGACUUGGACGUCGAGCCCCAGGUGCCUGCGACGAAGAUUCGGUGGCCCAACGGCCAGGCGCCGCCCAGGACGCUGAAGCACACGUCUCUGAGUGGAGCAAUGCCACAAGCUGGCGAGUCUGCGAAGGCGAACCCAAAGACACAGCAGGAGGAUCCAGUGUUUCAUGUUGGCGCAGUCGUCGACUACGAUGACUGCUCCAACGACGGCUGGAUCGAGGCGACUGUGUUGCACCGCAACCGGAAUGGCACCUACGACAUAAACGUCUUGGGGAAUGCUGUGCAAAACGUACCACCCACCCGGUUGCGAUGGCCAAAGCUCCUCAAGCCCGACCUCGCCCGCGCAGCCACGGUCAAGAAGCCCCUUUCCGGAGGACCAGGACGGCCUUUGAGACCAAGCGACUCCACGCGAGAGAGCCUCGCAGCUGCAGUCGCAGCUCGAAAGAAGGCUAUGAGCGAGUUGGGUGGCAGAAGGCCGCCGAAAGAGACGUUGCCAAAAGAGGCGCUGCCGAGAGAAACAGAGAUGGUGGUGGGAGGCACUGCCUUCACGGUUCGUCGUCUUGACGAAGGUGAUGAAGCACCCCCGAAGUCGCUGCAGUCAAUGCUCGCGUUCUUGGACGCAGAGGCCGCCAAUGACGCGGGCGAAGCCUGGCAAGCCGACUACAAGCCGGAUGUUCGACAGCAGAAGCAUAUUCCGCUGACACGUGGCAAAGGCUACGACGACUCGCUUUCCAUUUCGGAGGUGUCUGUGCCAAAAGCGCGCUUGGUUCCCGACAGCGAAGUGAAACAGGAGAAAGCUCAAAAGGUUGCGGAGUGCCCACCUGGUCCGCCGGCAGAGUGGUCCAUGGAGCAGGUGCUUCAAUUCCUUGACUUUCUGGGACUCGGACACACCGGUGACAAGUUCAAGGAGAACGCGGUGGACGGGCCAAUGCUCGCGGAGCUCUCCGAGGAGGAGCUCUGCUCAGAGCUGGGCCUGCUCAAGCUGCAGGCCAAGAAGCUCCUGUCGCGGCUUCCGCGAGGCGACUAG